AUGGCCCAAGCCUUUCCCAACGCCUUUGCCGUCGACCAACCCGAGGGUUCAGCCCGCACCAACCCCUACGCCGCAGACGCCUUCAUCGAGCCCUGGCUGCUCAAGCACUCUGAAUUCUACCGCAAGCACCUGACCAGGGACGGCCGCCGCUCCAGCAAGUCCACCCGCCGCGCCAGCCGGAUCACGCUCGAGUCGCGCAAGAACUCGCUCGAGCCCGUGGUAUCACCGGGCGCCGUCGCGGCCGCCGAGCGCGCCGACAGCGUGGGAGCCACCAGCAUCGAGGAGGACCGUCUGAAGGAGAGGAUGGCGCAAGGCCGGCAGGACAAGGAGAAGAGCAGCUGGAGACGUCACCUCCACCUCUAG